AUGCGGGUGCCGUCACCAUACCCCACAAGCUCGCCAGCACCAUCACCAUCGAAAUCCAUCAUAGUAAUGUCGGCUGGAGAAAAUACACCAAUCAAACCAAGACGAAAACGACGUUCGAAUAGAUGGUCGCGAAGACCAUCGCCCAGAUCUCCAUUGAAAGUGCAAAAAUUUAACCUUUCCUAUUCAGCUGAUGAUGUGCAACAUUUUCUACGGCAUAGACCGACUGAUAUUAUUGAUCCGAUUUCAUCACCAUUAAUCAGUUAUUCAUUUCUUAAUUAUGUGAUCCGUCUUCAACUGUAG